AUUGAUCAAGGAUAGAGCCACUUCGCACUCAGAGUCCCGUGAGAUCUAAUUGUUUUAAGUUGUUUUUAUAAGUAGUGUACGUUUGUAUCUUUCGAGACUCGUCCGAAAUAGCGUUCCACAAUUUCGAUGCAGCGUAUCUCCAUGAUCUUAAGCCGAAAGUUGUUGAUCUUACUUUCGGAAGGUCCAGUAUUGUGGUGCCCCUAAGGUUAAAGAUGACAAAAACUUCAUCGAUCCACAUUUUCAAAGCUCAAACCUUAGACAUGCCCGGGAUACUACAUGUGGUAUUUCUAUAGGUACACUGCAUAAACAAUGCACUUUUUUCGGCAAGAACUACUCCUAACAAUACAAAAUAAAAUAAAGCUGGCCCAAAACGAGAAGCUAAGAAAACAAUGUUUCUUUGUCCUUUCUUUGUCCUAUUUGGAACGCGGUAUAUGACAUUUUUACCUAAGCUUUCAAAUAACCAAGGCAUCACGUUCAUUGCAUAUCAUUAUUUGAUUUGUUUACUGGACAGGAAUUAGUCUAAGUGAUAGCUGGACAGUCUUCAGUCAUGUCAAAGCCAGCUGACAUUGCCUUAACUGCAGUGCUCACCAUUUUGAUCAUCACGGACACCGUUUCUAACCUCCUCGUGAUCUUUGUCAUUAAGAAAAAUAAAGAUAUGAGGACUCCAAUCAGUUAUCUACUUGUGAACCUAGCUGUAUCAGAUAUCACGUUCGCGGUGUUUGUUGCACCGAAUCACAUUUUGAAGAAAAUAUUCACCCACCCGGAGGGGGGCGGUGGUUCAGAGUUAUGCAGAAUGCUGACAAGUGGAAACUUCGCAUGGGUGGGUGCGGCUUCCUCGUCUCUCACUCUGGUUGCUAUUGCUGUUGAACGCUAUUACACUGUCAUGGGUCCCCUUGGUAGCAAAGGAAAACUUAACAAGCGAAGAGUGAAGGUAAUUAUUUUUGGUUGUUGGAUCUUUGCACUGGUUUUAAGCUUACCGCUGUUCCUGGUCACAAUAUUUGAUGAGUCAACUGGCGACUGCAAAUGGAACUGGCCAGAAAGUUGGAUGGGCGCAGCGUAUGAUACCACUUGGCUUGUAUUGCUGGCCAUCAUUCCACUGAUAAUCAUGACUGGCUUAUACUCCAGAGUCGUUUAUUCCUUGUGGUUUAAGCGAAAUGACGAUAACGAACUUGCUUUUCAACAAAAGGGAGUUUUGAAAGUGCGUAAGCGAGUCACCUUGAGUGUGAUGACAGUCAGUGCCAUCUUUGGAAUCUGCUGGAUUACUGGUUUAUUAAUUUAUAUCUUAAGCUACUUCGACAUCUACAUAUUUGGCCGUUUCUCCUACGCCAUCUCCGACUUGAUGUUCAUGUUCAAUUCUGCUGUCAACCCUUUCGUAUAUUCUCUGCUGAACGAACGAUUCAGGGAGAAGAUCAAGGAACUGUUAUGUUCCACGUGUGCAGCCAAAGUGUGCCCUUCAACAGAAAGUUACAGCACUAAGCUACCCAACAUCGCCUCUCAUGUCACCCGCACUGUGCAGGAAUAAAAUCAAUGGAGUAAUGCCUUUGGUCAGGAAGAAAACUGUACAUAUUCCUAGGAAACGUUCUCACAUGGCGGGCUGUGUAAAAGAACAUGGCGGUUACUUAAUAAGGUUGUGCAACAACAACGUUUUCGAAUUUAUGUCUUAAAGGGAACCUUGAAUGGGUUCUCUUUUACAAAGGAAGGAGCUUAAGCACUGUAUUUCAUGACCCUAUAUAUUUCGCUUUCCUUGUCUUCAAUUUUUGCUGUACUUUUAGUUUUGUGUAACAAUAGGGCAGUUUUCAAUUGAGUGUCGUAAAACCAAAACCAAAG